AUGACCACAGGCUCUUGUGAGCAUACUUGCCUUGAGCACGGUGGCAACGUUGGCGACGGCGAGAGGCAUCUUCUCAGGGCACUGCGGCAGGCAGCUCGUGCAUCCCCCCCCAUCACCACCACCACCACCACCACCACCACCACCACCACCACCACCACCACCACCACCACCACCACCACCACCACCACCACCACCACCACUGCCGUCGCCAUUGCGGCUGUUGCUGCCACUGCUGGUGGUGGCGGUGGCGGUGGCGAUGGCAGUGGCGAGGGGGUCAGCUGUGAUGUCCGCCACGAAUGCUCUCAGCCUGUGCGCGUCGUAGUGCUCACUGCCCUGCCCGCCACCAUGCCAGCACACAUGCGGAUGAGAAGAGACACAUGCGGAUGA